AUGGUUGCUGGGAAACAUGGACCCCUAGCCCCAAUCCCCGCUCCAAAGACCCCUAGCCCCAAUCCCCGCUCCAAAGACCCCUAUCCCCAAUCCCCGCUCCAAAGACUCCUAUCCCCAAUCCCCGCUCCAAAGACUCCUAUCCCCAAUCCCCGCUCCAAAGACUCCUAUCCCCAAUCCCCGCUCCAAAGACUCCUAUCCCCAAUCCCCGCUCCAAAGACUCCUAUCCCCAAUCCCCGCUCCAAAGACUCCUAUCCCCAUUCCCCGCUCCAAAGACUCCUAUCCCCAAUCCCCGCUCCAAAGACUCCUAUCCCCAUUCCCCGCUCCAAAGACUCCUAUCCCCAUUCCCCGCUCCAAAGACUCCUAUCCCCAUUCCCCGCUCCAAAGACUCCUAUCCCCAUUCCCCGCUCCAAAGACUCCUAUCCCCAUUCCCCGCUCCAAAGACUCCUAUCCCCAUUCCCCGCUCCAAAGACUCCUAUCCCCAAUCCCCGCUCCAAAGACUCCUAUCCCCAAUCCCCGCUCCAAAGACUCCUAUCCCCAAUCCCCGCUCCAAAGACUCCUAUCCCCAAUCCCCGCUCCAAAGACUCCUAUCCCCAAUCCCCGCUCCAAAGACUCCUAUCCCCAUUCCCCGCUCCAAAGACUCCUAUCCCCAUUCCCCGCUCCAAAGACUCCUAUCCCCAUUCCCCGCUCCAAAGACUCCUAUCCCCAUUCCCCGCUCCAAAGACUCCUAUCCCCAAUCCCCGCUCCAAAGACUCCUAUCCCCAAUCCCCGCUCCAAAGACUCCUAUCCCCAUUCCCCGCUCCAAAGACUCCUAUCCCCAUUCCCCGCUCCAAAGACUCCUAUCCCCAAUCCCCGCUCCAAAGACUCCUAUCCCCAAUCCCCGCUCCAAAGACUCCUAUCCCCAAUCCCCGCUCCAAAGACUCCUAUCCCCAUUCCCCGCUCCAAAGACUCCUAUCCCCAAUCCCCGCUCCAAAGACUCCUAGCCCCAUUCCCCGCUCCAAAGACUCCUAG